UUGGCCCCCGCCACCGCGCUCAGGUCCUCUGCCUUCUGUCUGUGGCGGCGCCUGGGGAAGGACGGGUCGGGGAGCGGAGGAUCGGUGGUCAGCGGCGGGGAGGAAACCCCCCCGCCAGCCCCGAGUAGGCGACCGCGCCCCUCCCCUGUAAGGUAAUGUGGUGUGCUGUACAGCUUUUUCUAGUUUGUCAUCUGAGAGAACAAGCUGAAAGUGUGUUCUAGACACAGGGACUUUGAUGUUGAUUUGAGGAUUCAAAUUAGGCAAGAGGUCUCUGGAUGGCAGACUCUGAAAAGAAAUGCUGUUUUAAGAGGUAUGCCACAUGUAAGCCAAAAUAUUCUGGACUAAUUUAUAUAUAAAUGACACCAAAGAUGUUAACAAGAAAGAUUAAGCUUUGGGACAUUAAUGCCCAUAUAACCUGUCGUCUGUGCAAUGGGUACCUGAUUGAUGCUACUACAGUAACAGAAUGCUUACAUACCUUCUGUAGAAGCUGCCUAGUGAAAUAUUUGGAGGAAAACAACACCUGUCCGACCUGUAGAAUUGUUAUACAUCAGAGCCACCCGUUACAGUAUAUUGGUCAUGACAGAACAAUGCAAGAUAUUGUUUACAAACUUGUGCCAGGCCUCCAAGAAGCGGAAAUGAAAAAACAAAGGGAGUUUUAUCACAAACUGGGCAUGGAAGUUCCAGGGGACAUCAAAGGAGAGACAUGUUCUACAAAACAGCACCUAGAUGCCCAUCGAAAUGGUGAAACAAAACCAGAUGAAAAUUCAAACAAAGAAACUUCAGAGGAAAAACAGGAAGAAGAUAAUGACUACCACCGAAGUGACGAACAGGUAAGCAUCUGCUUGGAAUGCAAUAGCAGCAAAUUGCGUGGACUGAAACGAAAAUGGAUUCGUUGCUCAGCACAAGCAACUGUCUUGCAUCUAAAGAAGUUCAUUGCCAAAAAACUAAACCUUUCUUCUUUCAAUGAGCUGGACAUAUUAUGCAAUGAAGAGAUUCUUGGCAAGGACCACACACUCAAGUUUGUAGUUGUUACUAGAUGGAGAUUUAAGAAAGCACCAUUACUGCUACACUACAGACCCAAAAUGGACUUGCUGUAAGAGAACUUUACUGUCCUUCUGGACAGAGUUUUUUGCAGAGACUAUCAUCUGGCACCUUCUUAGUGCAUCACUAAUCAAAUGACACAAACCAGCCGAAUAAAUUUAGAAGACUGUAGGGCUUUCAUAGCGGACUGUCCUUCUGAAUAUUUCUUCUAGGGAUGUACUACCAAGAAUUCUGAACAGAAAAUAUUUAUACUUUUUUUUGUACAAAAGAAGUAAGUCGCAACUCAACAAGACACUACCAGCACUAAGUUUACAGAUACUGAAAGCACUUCACAGUUCUAUGUAGCUCAGCCUGAUUUAUCUCUUACAGUUACACAGAAGUAAGUUAGAAUGUUGUGGAGUGAUUUAAAAAUGUUGCUUUUGACACCAGGUUGCAUUUAGUUACUUUUCACAUUCUGAAUCUUUAAAAACUAUAUUUUUGCAAAGUGUUAUUGUCUUAUAUAGUAUGCCUGAUUGCAUUGGCUUUAUUCAAGUUAUCAUGUAGACCAUUGAAAAUACCUAAUAUGGUGAUAAUUUAUUAUGCUGCAUUGAAAACUUCUAAAAAUCUGGGAAACCAAUAAGUUUGUCAUUUUUCCCAGUUACUGCUCUCCCUUGCUUUGUGUUUUAGUAAAGUUUUGAUACUCCCUGAUGCAUGUUGAUUUGGUAAGAUUAAUAGAAAUUAUUGCAGUUGAUUUUAAUGUGCCCUGAUAUUUUGCUGUGGCAUAAAUUGCACCACAUAAUGACGAAUACUCAAAAGUGCUAGAUUUGUGAACUUUAAAAAAACAACCCAAAACAUUUCUUAUGAGUUGUGGCUUGCAGAAAUCAGUUUUUAAUUUAGAGAGAAUUUGCUCUCACUAGCUAUUGAAGCACUGUCUCUUGGGCUACUUUGGGUGAUAUCACAGUUUUCAUUUCAUUUAUUAAGAAUUCCAUAGAUCAUUAUGAGCAGGUUUAUAUUUCCUUUACCUGUUUUCUUAUGAAACCAUGGUAUUUUUUUAGCGCAAUUCCUAACUGUUAGGGGGUGGUCAGACAAGAUUAUGUUAGCACCUUCUGGCCUUAACUGGUAAUUUUGUUUGCAUCAGCACUAGUGGAUGCAAGGUAAUACACAUGCAUGCAUGUAUGCAUACAUCUGUACACACAUUUAACUACGUAUGUUAUAGAAUGCACCCUCAAUAGCAUUUAGCAGGGUUCACGGCACUUUUUGCAAGGCUUUUUGAGGUAGUUGGCUUUUCAGAAAAAGUGGCUGAAAGUGAUUUCUGCAAGCUGCAUACAUUAUGAUACAGCAUAUAUAGUAGGAUAGAGUGUUUGUCUGGCAUAAGUGUCAAGUCACUGAAAACAGGCUAUGCCAUGUUAUUGACAGCUGGAAAUCAUUAACUUUCUAAUUUUUGGAAGAGUUUUCCAGUGAACUGAAAAUGCUUGUUGCUAUUCCUAUUAUUAAAGCCUGUAUUUUUUUUUUUUAAUAUAAAUUGUCUUUGGAUAAGAAAACAAGUUUGUCUGUAACUGUCCUGCUUCCUCUAGCUGUGCUCCUUCCCCUCUUCUGCUAGAAAGUGUUACUUGCUACUUGAUAACAGGAGUUUGAUACUGCAAAAUGUUUAUCCAAGCAUUUUAAAUCCUCUUUCUUUUCGUGAGUUUUCAAAGCACCACAUUCCUCAGCAUGUGUCCCAAAGACUCUGUCUGUCUUUGGAGUCUUCAGUCCUCUGCUGCUGCAGAAGGGAUGUUCCAACUUGUGUUUAUGUUUGAAAACAGGGUUCCUCAUUUUUAAUUACAGUCACAGAUGUCAACGGGAAGGAAAUCAAAAAGUGUGUGAGCAGAGAAUGAAAGGGAUUUUACUGAACUGUGGAGAUUGAAGAGAGAACUACACAAAGGCCAAAAAGUGCUGCUGUCCUUGCACAUGAGGAUAUGGGGAUAGCUGCAUUUGAACUUGGGUUAUGCAGAAUUCUACAGCUGGGUUUGGCUGGGUUGGGAGGGCAGGUGGGGAGUGGUGUACAUCCAUAUGAGCAAUGGGAUCCAGCUUCGCUCUGGUUUUGUCUUACUGUUUGUGAACUCAAAUAUAUGUGUUUUGGAUUUUUUUUUUUCCUGUCUUUAACAUUACUGGAACUGGCAGAAAAGAACAAAUGAGAUAAUGAGUCUACCAUUUUUUCUAAUCUUUUCACGAAACAGUGAAUGCAGGUGGCAUGGAUGUGUACACAAACUGUCAUUCUAGGCCUUCUGGAGGUGUUUCCGUGAUUGUUAACUGUCCUACUGUAAAUAAGGACUUUCUCUAGCCACUGAGGCACUGAGAAUAUAAACAGGGCUGUAAGUGUUCUCCCUCUGUGCACGCUGAGUAUACAGACACUGGCUGUACCUGAUGUAGACGUGAAAUUAGAGCAUUCUGUUUAACUGACUUAAUCAGGAUACAUAUAUACAUAAAAGCAAAUAUAUAUAUAUUUGUGUGAGAUCUGCCUAUCUCAGAGUCUAUAUACUGCAGAAGCUUUGUACAAUGAUAUUGACGCGGUGCUUUUGAAGCACAUUGGGAUUUUAGUACUUUCCUAUACUUAAGUUGUGCAGCUGAGAAAUCAAUAACAAACAUGUAAAUUCACAAGUCUUUCAAAUCUCUCUCUUGCUGUAACAGUCUACAGUAUAGAAGAUAUAUUUGUAAGUUUAUAACCACCUUCAGAAUCACUUGAAUUUUUAUGGUGCUAUCAAUAUAUUGAAAACUCUGCUUAUACCUGUAUGGAUACAUACAUUCAAGCCAGUAUUCAUAGAAUCAUAGAACGGUUUGGGUUGGAAGAGACCUUAAAGAUCAUCCAGUUCCAACCCCCCUGCCUGCACCUGUUGUUUUUUUUUUUACUCAUAAUUGUGUGUUACUGCUUUUGCAAUGUGCUUAAUCUGAUAAAACCUCACAAGUAAAAAGAAGAAAAAUAAAAA